UUUAUAAUUUGUUUAAUUUCUUGUUUUUUUGUGAAAAAAUGGAAGAUUUGUACGACCCCGAGGAAAAAAUUACCUGCCCAUAUAACAGCUCUCAUCAUAUUCGCCGCUGCAAAAUGCAUUUUCAUUUAGUGAAAUGCAAAAAAAAUUACGGCGAGCAGAAAAUGGUCACUUGUGACUUCAAUUCUACUCAUUUGAUCCCCAAACUUGAAUUGCGCUACCAUCACCAGAUUUGUAGCGACCGCAAAAAAAUCGAAGCCCCCAUUGUGUUGUCACAAACCAAAUCAAAAAACAAAUUUCCAAUACCCAACAUUCAGAUCGCUAGUGAAGAAAGUUGGGAUGAUAUAAAUGUGUCGACCUACGACCCGAAAAAAUACGUCGAAAAUAGUGCGGUUUUGCGCCAUAUUGAUGUCGAGUCGGCAGGAAAAAGACGGGAAUUCCGGCUUAGCGAACGCCGGAGACACAAUGAGUUGAGUGGGGCCACUAACACGGCCCCGUCUGCACCAGAAACGAGCUCGGUCAAACUGCCGUCACAUCGCACUGUCGCCAACGUUGAAGAAGUUGAAGAACUCCAUUCAGCGGUGAAUUUGGGAAAACAAGCCAUGAAGACGUAUAUCCAAGACAAACAUUAAUUGAACAUUCACUGACUUUGAAUUCUAUUUAUGUUGUUUCGUGUUACAAAUAAGUUGAUUUGAGUUGUUUUGUAAGAAGUUAAGUUGCUUUGUUAAGAAUAAAUUUAUUUUUGUACGUUUAA